AUGGACGAUGUGACAGAGAGCGCCCCCACCAGGCUGCCAGAUGGAGAGUGGGCGCGUGAGAAUAUUCCAGAGGGUCCCCUUCCUGACAGCCUCCCCACAGAACAAGUAGGUGAGGAUAUUCCAGAGGGUCCCCUUCCUGACCACUUCCACGGAGUAAAAGUAAGUGGAUGUUAUAAGACACAAAGCUGAUUGUUUUUACAUGACCCAAUCAUUAUUAUUAUUAAAGACAUUAUAAACAUUCCUAACUGCACCUACAUAACAUCUGCAUUAAUCUUGUAGUUUCAUGGUGUCAUGGUGUCAAAUGGUGUCAUUUGUUUCCCUGUAGUACAACCUAUAGUAGGAUAAAUGUUCAAAUUCCUGUGUCAGCA